AUGAUGAGUCACCUCGCCGCUGAGGACGGCCCUGAUGCGCUCAGCCCUGAUGCUGACGCUGGGGCCAAAGCUAACAAUGCCGAGGGGGACGCCUUUGACUUCGAGUACGAGUUCGUAGAGGAGGUUGAACAGCUUGAAAGAUAUAAACCUGGAGGCUACCACCCCGUUACACUCAGCGACACGCUACACGAGGGCCGAUAUCGAAUUAUUAGCAAACUUGGCCACGGCACUUACUCAACCAGUUGGAUGGCACGAGACCAAGGCAGGAACAAAUACGUUGCGGUUAAGAUAUGCACUGCAGAUAGCAGUGGCGCAUCCCAUGAGAGAGCAAUACUCCGCUACCUACAUCAGGUGCGAGUGGACUGUCAAGACGAGAGGGUCGUCAUGGUCCCUACCCUACUAGACGAGUUCCAUCUGGACGGUCCCAACGGCCGGCAUGCUUGUAUAGUUACUAUGCCAACACGCAUGAGCAUCCCAGAUACGCGCGAGACCUCGAGAUGUUACGGGCUCUUUCAUAUCCCCACCGCCCGCGCUAUCAUAGCCCAGCUGAUCCAUGCCGUUGCCUUUUGCCACGAGAAUGGUAUUGUCCACGGCGACCUACACCUAAACAACAUCAUGUUCCGCUUCCCGCCUAGCAUAUAUAUCAAUUCCCUCUCACAAGACGCGUUCUACGAGACGUUUGGCCAGCCCAUGACCUAUCCCGUCAAGCGCCUUGACGGCGCGCCUUUGCGGCCCGGCGUGCCCGAGCAGGUCAUGCCAGGUGCCUGGCUCGGCUGUGCCAGCGAGAAAAUCACACUUGCCGACUGCGCCAUCUCCCUCGCCGACUUUGGCGAGGCAUAUAUGGUCACGCCGCAGGGACAGCAGCAGGGACCACCAGAGUGCCACACCCCACAGCGCCUGCGGCCGCCCGAGGCCCGCUUCGCGCCUUCGGAGCUGGGUCCCGCGUCGGACGUCUGGACGCUCGCAUGCGCCAUCUUCGAGAUCGCGGGUGCCCAGCCGUUGUUCUUCGGGUCCUUCUUCCUAACUGAGGACUCGGUGACGGAGGACUGGGUUGACGCGCUGGGCAGGCUCCCUGAUGACUGGUGGGCUCGGUGGGACGCGCGGGCCGAGUCUUUCUCGGAGGAUGGCGAGAGGCUGGACCAUAGCGAUGAUGAUGUGCGUGGGUCGAUCGAGCACCGCUUUGAAAAGAGAUCGCAGGCGCUGCGGCGCAAGGAAGGUACGGAUGAGUGGGCUGCCGAGGAGACGACUGCGCUUUUGGGUAUGCUUAAGGCCAUGCUUAAGUAUAAACCUGUUGAGAGAAUAUCUCUUGUGGAGGUUCUCGAGACGGAGUGGAUGGUGAACUGGGGUAUACCUGCGUUGGAGGAGGUGAAGAAGGCGCAGGUGGAUGUGGUUAAUUCUAAGUAA